AUGUUAAGAGUAUCGUAAAAAUAUCAUUCUGAAUAAUCAAAGGGAUCGCAAGAAUAAUAAUAUCAAUAACAAAAGAAUGAUUAAGCUUAGGAAUUAAUUACUUUGGAAAACUAGUAUGGACAAUUAAAAGGAUUGAGUCAAUAAUUCUUCUCGGCUAUAUUAAAAAAAAAUCCUGAGUUUGCAGAAUAAAUUUUAGGUGUUAUUUUGAGUAUGAUUGAAAUGACAGAUAAAUAGACAAUUUGUUAAGAAUUGUUUGCCAAAUCCGAUGAAAAGAAGGAAAAAAAAACUAAAAGUAAAAGCAAGGGAAUAAAAGGAUGGCUUGAUAAAUUUUGA